UUUCAACCACACAUCCCUAUUUCAUGGCGGUAGCUUCCUCUUCCUCUGCCGCCACCACCGUUCUUCCGUCCCUAUGCACCUUCGUCUCAUCCUCACGCUCUCUUUCCCAACUCUCCCUCUUUUUCAAACCCUUCUCCAUCGCUGGCGCUCAACUUUCCGCAAAAUCACCACCAUCUAUCAACCCUAUUACGUGCUUGUAUCUCCGCUACGGAUUCUUCUCAUCCCUCCCAUGGACCUUGCCAGCUCCGAAACGGAAUAGUGUAGAAGCUCCUUACAGUCCUCUAUGUCUAGUUGCUCGCGGUUGCUCACGGAGAACGUGGUGAACUUUUCUCACCGAGUGCGGCGCUCAACACAGAAGUGGGGCUUGGGGGCCGAUCUUGACGAGCUCGUUUUGGAUGUUGGCGAGGCCUGAGUUUUGGUUUUCGAUGUUCAUGCAGGCUUGUGCAAUAAUGGGGUUCAGAUCUUGGGUUUCGAUGCUUCGAUGCUGAUGAAAGUGAAGCCUCAAAUGAUGAGGGUAAAAGCAUAAUGGGGUUCAGAUCUUGGGUUUCGAUGCUUCGAUGUUGAUGAAAGUGAAGCCUCAAAUGAUGAGGGUAAAAGCAUGAAGAUGGAAAAGAGAUUAAGCAAAGCCAUUAUUAUUUGCUAGAGUAGUGUAAAAGUAGUAGGAUAUGUGUUCGUAUUUUUGUUGUUCAAAACCAACUUUUAUUUAUACACGAGUUUUUGCCUUCGGAGUUCAAGUGCUUUUCUUGAGAGUAAUAUUAUUCACAUUCACUUUGUGCUUUUUUUUUUCUUUGGACAAAAGUGCCAAGUAAUUCCAAAGCUUGCUUUUGAUGGAGGGGGGUUUGGAAAAGAGGGAGAGUUGGGAUUUGGGAAGAAAAGCGCGGGGAUGAAGCGAUAGUGCCAAGUAACGGAAGAGCAACAGUGGCGGCAGAGGAGGAGGAAGCUGCCGUCAUGAAAGAGGAAUAGGUGGUUGAAAUUAGAAAUAGAAUUAAAGAGGGAUAGGGUUUUGGUGGGUUGGGGUGCCAUGUAGGUUCGGAUAAUAACGAAGCAAGCACUUAACCAAAACAUGGUAUUUUUGUCACACGGAGGGCAACUCUCGUGGGUAUAAGAUCAGUUUCGAUCUAUCAUGGGUACAUAUGUUAGCGUUAUCAUCUUUCGGAGCAUGUUUGAAAACAAAAUUUAUAAAUGUAUACUUAUUCCAAUGGAAACUUUAAAGUGUUUUUCAUAGUUUAAACUCUAACAAACUUGUUCGAAUAUGCAUUCUAGUGUCCAACUUUACAGCUAUGUGAGGUGAAAGAAAAUUAUUGGGAUGGGACUAAUUAGCUUGAGUUUGACUUUAGUUAGAAAUAAUUUGAAGUAAAAGUAAUAUAUGUUAAGAUAAUUUAAUUUAGGAAGCUAUUAUGCGGGGUAAACAAAAGGUACAAACAUAAAAGUGGAAUUUGAAGCAACUAUUUCAUUUUUCAUCUAUUCAUCUAUUCAAGCUGGGUUUCUGGAUAUUAAAAGUUGGUUUUAGAAUAAAGGGUCUCAACAUACGACAGUUUCCCCUCAUGCUCAAUAAUUAAGGGUCGGAAAGAAAACAACAAAAAGACCAAAAUUAAUGGAUCCUGGGAAUUAAACCCGACGUGAAUCAAACACGCAACCUUCUGAUCUGGAGUCAGACGCGCUACCAUUGCGCCACGGAUCCGAUUGUUGAUGCUUCUCUGCGAUAAAACGAUAUGAUUAACAAUUAAAAGGGUCAACAUCAACACUUAUCUUGGCGCCACAUUCAGCAACCUACAGUCAGAAAAAUAAAAAAGUGCCUCCCACAGGCGGGGAUGAUUCUGUUGUCGUUUUCAAUUAUUAAUCUGUUGGUUUUAAAAGAAAGAAAAUUGGCAAAGCAAAGAAUUGAAGCUUAGUUGAGCGUUAAGAAAGAGAGCGCCAAAAGCAGUUGGUAGCUGAGAGAGCGGGAGAGAGAAGACUGUUUGGUAGAGAGAUUGCAUCAUCAUUAAUUCAUUAUUCAUGAAACCGUAAUCCCUCCUUUUCCCUUUCCAAUUAAGCUGCCAUGGACACUGCAUCCUUUUUGUAUUUGCGGUGGCGCCAGUGGCAAUGGCACCAUCACCAUGCUAACAACAGCAACUCAACUCUCUGGCAGGACGCUGUUUUUCUACAUACUCUGCGCUGCUUAUGCUCUCGUCUCCUCCCUCGCCCUCAUUCAAUUGUUCGCGCACUCGUCUUUGGAUUACACAAGCUGGUUUUUCUUUUGCGUCCCAAGGUAUUGGUUUUGGUGCUGUUAGAUCUGCCGGGCCUACUGUUCUUCUCUACCUAUACACUUCUUGUUCUUUUCUGGGCAGAAAUUUAUCACCAGGCAAGGAGCUUACCUACCGAUAAGCUCAAGAUAGUUUAUAUUUCAAUAAAUGGUGCCUUGUAUUUUAUUCAGAUUUGUAUUUGGAUAUACCUUUGGAUAGAUGACAACACUGUUGUGAUAUUCAUCGGAAAGAUAUUUAUUGCAGUUGUGUCAUUUAUGGCUGCAUUAGGCUUCUUGCUAUAUGGAGGAAGAUUAUUUAUCAUGCUGAAGCAUUUCCCUAUCGAAUCUAGAGGGAGAAGGAAGAAACUUCAUGAGGUUGGAUCUGUCACAGCUAUUUGUUUCACCUGUUUUCUGAUAAGAUGUGUUAUGGGUUUUCUAUCUGCAUUCGAUUCAGAUGCAUCUCUUGAUGUUUUCUAUCAUCCUCUUUUGGACUUGAUCUACUACUUGGUGGUUGAGGUGCUACCUUCAGCUUUAGUCCUCUACAUACUGCGCAAAUUGUCACCAAGGAGGAUAUCAGCUCAGUAUCAUCCUAUUCAGUAAUGGUAUAAGAGUUAAGACACUUGUGAGAUUCAGCUUCAUCAGGAGAAGGAUAAGUUUCAUUG